AUGUUCCAUAAAUCCAAAGCAAUAUACUAAACUGAUUUGAUCAUUGACUAUAGGUAGAGUUAUAUUUAUUUUUAGACAAUAUUAAUAUUCCCUCUACUAACAAAAAACAAACAAAUUGAAAAUGAGUGUUGACAAAGAUAAAAGAUGGAAGAAGCACCCACUUAUGCUCCAUCUUUGCCAGUUCCAAAUGUUCAAGAAAUGGUGAAGAUGAAUCCUUUGGAAGUUCCAACAAAAUAUGUGAGGAAUGAAGAAGAAAUGGAGAAAGUAAACUACAUGCCUCAACUUUCUUCAGAGAUUCCUAUCAUUGAUUUUACACAGCUUUCAAAUGGGAGCAUCGAAGAGUUGCUGAAACUUGAGGUUGCAUGCAAGGACUGGGGUUUCUUUCAGAUAGUGAAUCAUGGUGUGCAAAAAGAACUCAUACAGAGAAUGAAGGAUGCAGUAGAUGAGUUUUUCAAACUUCCAAUAGAAGAGAAGGAAACAUAUGCAAUGCUCUCAAACGACAUACAAGGCUAUGGCCAAGCUUAUGUAGUUUCUGAGGAGCAGACACUUGAUUGGGGAGACGCACUAAUUUUAUUCAUUUAUCCCGAUCAGUACAGGAACCUCCGAUUUUGGCCAAAAACCCCACAUGGAUUCAAGGAGAUAAUAGAGGCAUAUUCAAGUGAAAUGAAACGAGUUGGCGAGGAACUUUUAAGUUCUUUGUCUAUUAUUAUGGGGUUAGAGAAGCAUGCUCUUGUUGGAUUGCAUAAAGAAUUCAUUCAAGCAUUACGUGUGAACUAUUACCCUCCUUGCAACACACCUGAGCAAGUAUUAGGUAUGAGUUCGCAUUCUGACACAGGCACCAUUACCUUGCUCAUGCAAGAUGAUGAUGUGUCUGGGUUAGAAAUUCGAAACAAAGGAAAUUGGGUACCAAUUAAUCCAAUAUUAUUAGAUGCCAUAGUCGUCAAUAUCGGAGAUGUUAUAGAGAUAUUGAGUAACGGAAAAUUCAAAAGUGUAGAACACAGAGCAGUGACAAAUAAGAACAAGAGAAGGACUUCUAAUGCAUCAUUUUUGUUGCCUCAAGAUGAUGUUGAAGUUGAGCCAUUUCAUCAUAUGAUAGAUGCUCAACAUCCCAAGAUGUACCAGAAAGUCAAGUUUGGAGAUUAUUUGAGGCAUUCCUUGAAGAGAAAAAUGGAGGGAAAAACACACACUGAUGUUGCAAGGAUAAAGGAACAAGUAAUAGAGAAAUAAAAAAUAAAAGAAAAUGGACAGUUUGAGAAAAUGAGGAAAGGGAUGGAGAUUAUGUGGUUUUCUCCUUUUAAUAAUGCAUAUUUUCUGUGUUUUUUUUAUUUUUUUAUUUUUUUUUAAUAUUUGGUAUGUCUUGAUUUCCCCCCUAAAAUCUAUACUUGUAUUCUCUAUAUUUAAAC